GCCUGGAGCACUUCUGGGUCAAAGCCUUUUGGUUCCGCUGCCGACUCACUUUUCUGUUUGCACUGCACCCGCUGCUGCUGCUGCUUGGCACCGCUCCUAGGGAGAUGCGCCUCACGCUUGUGGUUUGCUGCUGUGUGUUGGGUUGCAGCCAAGCCCUGCUUGCAUAUGGAAAAGAUGAAAACAUGGUGCAGCUCCCUGGUGGGACGUUUCAGAUGGGAUUCAGUUCCCCAGAGAACAGAAAUGAAGAAGGGCCCGUCAGGGAGGUGACCGUGAAGCCGUUUGCUAUUGACAAAUAUCCUGUCACAAACAGGGAUUUCAGGGAGUUUGUUAGAGAAAAGAAAUUCAAAACAGAAGCAGAAGCAUUUGGCUGGAGCUUUGUCUUUGAGGAUUUCGUAUCGGAAGAGAUGAAAAAAAAAGUCACCCAAAAACUGGAGUCUGCCCCUUGGUGGCUGCCGAUUGAGAAGGCUUUCUGGAGACAGCCUGCAGGUCCUGGCUCCAGCAUCAAGGACAGGCUGGACCACCCGGUGCUGCAUGUGAGCUGGAAUGACGCACAGGCAUUCUGCGAGUGGAAGGGGAAGAGGCUCCCUGCCGAGGAGGAGUGGGAGUUCGCUGCACGGGGAGGACUGGAGCAAAGGCUGUAUCCCUGGGGAAACAAGUUUCAGCCAAACCGUACAAACCUGUGGCAGGGCAAUUUCCCAAGGGUUGACACAGCUGAAGAUGGCUAUCAUGGGGUGUCACCAGUGGCAGCAUUCUCACCUCAGAACAACUAUGGGCUCUACGAUUUGCUGGGGAACACUUGGGAGUGGACUGCGUCAGAGUACCUGGCACCAGGGCGCUCAAGGCAGCGUGCUCAGAAGAUGCACGUCCUGAGAGGGGCCUCUUGGAUUGACACUGCAGAUGGGUCUGCAAAUCAUAAAGCUCGUGUUACCACCAGAAUGGGGAACACACCAGAUUCAGCAUCUGAUAACCUCAGCUUCCGCUGCGCUGCUGACAUCCUGGAUCGCGCCACCAAGAAAAGCAGGACCAAACCUGAGCUCUGAAGAGGUCACUUGGAAAGAUUGUAGACGUUUUCUCCUGUGGAGAUGAACAGUAAUCCCUGACAGUCACUUUCAUUAAACCCACGCAGUUUUAAAAA